AUGAGCUCCGUUCGCUCAAGCGGCACCGCCAACGUCCGACCGUGGGCCCGCCAUGCCCCCAUCAACGUCGCCCGGCUCGCCCUCCUUUACGGCUUCGCGCCCGUGGUGAAGGCUAUACCCCUCUUCCACAAGGGCGCUAUUCACGCGCUCGACGAUGAGGAGCCCAAUUCGCCUGCCGAUGCGAGCCUAUGGCUGUACCUGGGCAUCGCCAUUGCCCUCGUCCUGGCCGGGGGUGUAUUUGCCGGUUUGACCAUCGCCUUGAUGGGCCAGGAUGAGAUCUACCUCCAAGUCAUCGCAUCGUCUGGGGAAGGUUCGGAGCGAAAGAAUGCAACUAGGGUGUUACGCCUGCUCAAGAGGGGUAAACACUGGGUUCUGGUGACAUUGCUGUUGAGUAACGUCAUUACCAACGAAACGCUGCCCAUCGUACUUGAUAGGUCCCUCGGUGGAGGCUGGCCUGCUGUCCUGAGCUCUACCGUCUUGAUCGUCAUCUUCGGAGAGGUCGUUCCUCAAUCGAUAUGCGUUCGCUACGGCCUGCCCAUCGGGGCUUGGAUGGCACCCGUUGUUCUCGCUCUGAUGUACGUCAUGGCGCCCGUUGCUUGGCCCACUGCGAAACUCUUGGACUAUCUGCUCGGAGAAGACCACGGGACUACAUACAAGAAAGCUGGAUUGAAGACUCUUGUCACGCUCCACAAGACGCUCGGCACCAGCCCAGACGAUCGUCUCAAUGAGGACGAAGUGACCAUCAUCUCAGCCGUAUUAGACUUGAAGGCUAAGCCUGUCGGAAACAUCAUGACACCCAUGGAUGAUGUGUUCACUAUGUCGUCCGAUACUGUGCUGGAUGAGAAGAUGAUGGAAAACAUCCUCUCUGCUGGCUACUCCCGUAUCCCGAUUCACACCCCCGAUAACCCUGACAACUUCGUUGGCAUGCUUCUUGUCAAGAUGCUCAUCACAUACGACCCCGAGGACGCUCUGCGCGUACGCGACUUUGCGUUGGCCACCCUCCCUGAAACGCGCCCGGAGACCAGCUGUUUGGACAUCAUCAACUUCUUCCAGGAAGGAAAAUCGCAUAUGGUUUUGGUCUCUGACUUCCCAGGCGACUCCUAUGGCGCUGUUGGGGUUGUGACCUUGGAAGACGUUAUCGAGGAACUCAUCGGUGAAGAGAUUAUCGACGAGUCGGAUGUGUUUGUUGAUGUUCAUAAGGCCAUUCGUCGGAUACACCCCGCGCCCCGUACACGCGUACCAAAAGGCGAGAUCCUCGCCGACCCUUCGCAGAAGCAUACCGAGGCGGUCAAGGACGGAGAGCUACAGGUUGAACAGUCCGAGAAUGGCUCUGGGAAUGGAAAGAGGCUGUCUCUUCAAGAGACUCCUACCACCAAAGCUACGACUUUCCUCCUGCGUCGCAAGAGCAGCGGGGCUGCUGGUCGCUCUUUGGACCGAGCCACGACUCGAGGCAUCCGCAGCGACGAUCCGGAAAUUAGACAGCAUCUGAAGCAUCUGGGCCCGUCCAACGUCGCCAGCCGUCCCAAGGCAACUCGCAUUGGCACUGUCAAGAUCAAACAAGGUGUCGGAGCCGGCAUUCCCAACACAAUCCCUGAGGACCGUAUGCCUCGCAGUCCGGUCAUAAGCGUCAGAUCUGCACAUGCACCCCAAGGCGGCGUGGGAGAGGGGCUGCUGGAGUCUGCAGGACGAGAGGCUAGCGAUGGAGUACACAGCGUUGCCGUGGGUUACGGAACCAUGGCCGCUGAUCGUAUGUCUUGGAAAGACGACCAUCCCAGACAACAUGCGGAUGAUGAAGAGGCGCCAGCUUCACCCAAAUCUCACCAGGUCAACGAGAACGCCGAGGAGGACCGCGGCCGCUCCAACUCCAAUUCCAAGCAGCGAUCGCAGUCCGUCAGCACCGUAGCGUCGCUCCGCCGAUCCCCAUCGCAGUCCCGCAGCCCACCAAGGAAGCGGCACACAGCCCGCAGUGGUAGUAUCUCUGAGAACAUUGUGGAAGCCAACGGCGUGAGGAAAAUCGUGCUGGAGACUACCAGUUCGAGUGAUUCGGAGACUGUGAUUGCUCAAACUGACGGUGCUCAAGAUCACAAAGAGAACGCAAACACGGAUACGGAGGGUACGCCGAAUGACUCGCAAGGCGCAAGCAGCAGCAAGAAGAAGAAUCGUAAGAAGCGAGGUAAGAAGAAGAAGGGCAAUGCGGGUGGAAGUGGGGAGAACCAGCCGCUGCUUGGUGACCACAACUGA